AUGGACUACGACCUGAUAACCGAGGACGAGUUCGACGCCCUACGGGAUGACGACUCCAUGUCGGCCUCAUACAUCAAAUAUCCUGGUAAGAGGUCACCAUUACGGCCCUCCUACAGCUUCCUUCCAAGCCAGCUCUCCAGCAGCACGAGUACGGCCGGCCUAACACAGGGAAAACAAACAGCCAAACUACACGCUCGCAAAGUGGCGAGGGAGCUCGGCGUCGACGAUGGCCUCAUUUACCUCCCAGGCCUGCCGGAAAUCUUGCUCGAGGAUUCCGACCAGCCGCGACUGUUCCGCCAGCGACGAUACUUCUUUUACAUAACAGGCGCCAACUUUGAGGAUUGCGCCGCAACAUACGAAAUCAAGCACGAUAAGCUCACACUUUGGAUCCCCUAUGUUGAGCCCCGCGACGUGCUCUGGUUCGGCUCCAAGCCGUCGGCUGUCGAGUGCAAGCGCCGCUACCACGUCGACGAAGUGAGGUACACGACGCAGCUGAGCAAGUUCCUGCGCAAGUUUGCCGCGCAGCCCUCGCCGCCAAUCGUGUACAUCCUUCAUCCGGACCAGGCGCCAGACCUAGGCUGUGAGAGUCUGUCUCGGCUGUCCCUGGAUGACUCUUGCCUGCUGCCGGCCAUGGACCGCGCCCGUGUCGUAAAGUCCGACUACGAAGUCGCAAUGGUGCGCCGCGCCAACGACAUUUCGAGCGCCGCCCAUCGCAGCGUUGCAGAGCGCAUCCUGCGUCUCACCAACGAACGGGAGAUCGAGGCCAUUAUCCAGGCCGUGUGCAUUGCCAACGGCUCCCGAUCCCAGGCGUAUCCCAUCAUUGCUGGGUCCGGACCCAACGCCUCUACUCUGCACUACGGCUCCAACGAUGCGCCGCUCAAGGGCAAGCAGUGCGUCGUCAUUGACGCUGGCUGUGAGUGGAACUGCUACGCCAGCGACAUCACGCGCACGCUGCCGCUCUCAGGCUCGUGGUCGCCGAGGGCCGCCGCUAUCCACGCCAUUGUCCAGCGCAUGCAGGAAGAAUGCAUCGCCGAGGUUGCGCCGGGGAAGCUGUGGCGCGAUAUCCAUCUUCACGCGGCGUCUGUAGGUAUGGAGGGCCUGCUCAAGCUGGGCAUCCUGAAGGGCAGCCGUGAAGACGUAGCCCGCGCCGGCACCGUCGCUGCCUUUUUCCCCCACGGCCUCGGUCAUCACGUCGGACUAGAAGUCCACGACGUCUCUGGGACGCUGGCCCUUGGCGCUGCGACCGCCCACGGCGUUCAGCUCGGAUUCGGCAAGAGAGCCGUGGUGACGCCCUCGAUGCUUGCCGACAUGAUACGUCUGGCAUCCUCCCCGGACGACAUGGGCGUGCAGGAGAGCAAAGGACAGCACCUGCAGCCAAACAUGAUUGUGACUGUCGAACCUGGAAUUUACUUCUGCCGCGAAUACCUAGAGGCUACCUUCCGCGGCGACCCUACCCACGCCCAGUUCAUCGACUGGGACCUGCUCGAAGAGUACUAUGAUGUCGGCGGUGUUCGUAUCGAGGACUGCCUUCUUGUCACCGAGCACGGGUAUCAGAACUUGACGGUUGCGCCCAAGGGCGACGAACUACUAGACGUCAUAAACAAAGGGAAGAAGUAG